UUUUUUUUUUAAUUUCCUUUUUUUAUUUUUUUAUUUGUUCUCCUUUAAUUUCUACAUUUUUUAAAUAUGGUUCAACAGACAACAUUUUCAAUAGAAAUUGGUAAAGCUGAAAAGACAGGUGAAGGCCCUAUUCAUCGAUCCAUCUUAACUCCUAAUAGUCUUAUGAAGACACCAGCAGAGGGAGUUGAAACCCUCUAUGAUAUCUUUCGUUAUGCAUCUGAAUCCUUUCCAAAUCGAAAGGGUGUAGGAUACCGAGAACUUUUGGAUACCAUUGUAACAAAGAAAAAAGUUAAGAAAAUGAUAAAUGGCCAAGAAAUAGAACAAGAUAAAACAUGGUCUUAUUUUCACUUGAGUGAUUAUCAUUACUUGAGUUAUGAAGAAGCAUUUCAAAUUGUACAUCAAUUAGGUGCUGGUCUCAUUGAGUUAGGAUUGAAGAAAGGUGAAAAACUUCAAAUUUCUGCUUCUACAAGCCAUGAAUGGAUGUUAAUGGCACAUGGUGCAUUUUCUCAAUCUAUUACUAUUGUGACCGCUUAUGAUACAUUAGGUCCUGAGGGUCUUCAAUAUUCCAUCUCAGAAUCUGAAGCUACUGUUUGUUUUGUCAAUGGUGAACAGCUACCUAUUCUUAAUAAGAUUUUAUCAGGUUGCCCUACUAUCAAGUCUAUUAUUUAUAGAGGCACGGCGAAUCAAACCGACAUUGAGACAUUAAAAACUCAGCACCCACACAUCAAACACGUUAUUUCUUACAAUGAACUUUUAGAAUUAGGUAGAGCUCAUCCUAAAGAGCCCACAAAGCCUCUUUCAACUGAACUCUGCUGUAUUAUGUAUACGAGUGGGAGCACGGGUAAUCCAAAGGGGGUCAUGUUAACUCAUGGUAAUGUUGUAGCUGCAAUUGCAGGUGUUUGUCGUAUGUUACAACAUCUCUUGGAACCGAAUGAUACCAUCAUGGCCUAUUUACCCCUGGCUCAUGUCCUUGAAUUUUUAGUUGAAAAUUUGUGCAUCUUUUUAGGUGUUACGUUAGGUUAUGGCAGUAUUAAGACAUUGACAGAUGCCUCUGUUAAAAAUUGUAAAGGGGAUCUUCAAGCAUUUGGACCUACUAUCAUGACGGGCGUACCUCAAGUAUGGGAAACAAUUAAAAAGACAGUUUUAUCCAAAGUAGCUGAAAGAGGAUCAAGAAUAGAAAAAAUCUUUAUGGGAGCUGUGGGAUUAAAACGAUUCUUAGGACACUAUAACUUACCUACCUCCGUUUUAGAUAAAGUUGUUUUUGAUAACGUAAAGAAGCAGCUAGGUGGAAGAUUAAGAUACUGUCUCUCUGGUGGUGCACCUGUUUCGGCUGAAACACAAGAAUUUCUAUCUCUGACUGUAUGUCCUAUCCUGGCUGGUUAUGGCAUGACAGAAAGUUGUGGGAUGUGUGCAAUCAUGGCACCUGAACAAUAUGCUCUGGGUGAAGUAGGUUCACCUGUUCCUUGUGUUGAAGUUAAAUUAGUAGAUCAACCUGAACUUGGUUAUUUAUCUACAAAUGAACCACGAGCACAGGGUGAAAUCUGGAUUCGUGGUCCAUCUAUUACAGCAGGUUAUUAUAAACGAGAUGAAAUAACUCAAGAAACAUUAACAUCAGAUGGUUGGCUCAAGACAGGUGAUAUUGGUGAAUGGACAGAACGUGGUACUUUAGUGAUCAUUGAUCGUGUUAAGAACCUUGUCAAAUUAAGUAACGGUGAAUAUAUUGCACUUGAAAAACUUGAAAGUAUCUACAAGACAUCACCUCUAGUAGAAAAUAUGUGUGUUUAUGCAGAUCCACUUUAUCCAAGGCCUGUAGGUUUAUUAGUGCUUGCAGAAAGUAUAUCAAGAAAAUUUUUAACAGAUAUUGGUAUUCAAAAUGAAGAUGAAUCAUGGGAGACUUUAUGUGUUAAACCUGAAGUACGUCAUGCCAUCUUGAAUGCAAUGCAAGAACAAGCAAAACGAGGUGGUUUAAGAGGUUCAGAAGUGAUUUCAGAUAUUUGGAUCUGUAAAGAUUUAUGGACAGCAGAGAUGGGACUCUUGACAGCUGCACAAAAAUUAAAGCGUAAAGAAAUUAACUCUACUUAUGAAAGGGAGUUAAAAGAAAUGUUAACAAAACAAAAAAAAUAAUUAGUAGAAUGUAUAAUAUUAUCCAAUCAAAAACUAUCCAAAUAAAAUAUUUUAAUCAUGUGAUUUACAUGAUAAUUAAUAGGAG